AUGCUAUUCGUGCCCCGCACUGCUUCUGCGUUGAAAAGCACUUCGCUGCCCCUCCUUCGCAACACCUUCAUCAACAACUCUUUCAACUCUAUCUCUUCAAGACAACUUCACGCAACUAAAUUAAAUAUGGCCAUUUCAACUUUCUUCGAUGUUACCUGGGAGGGUCCAGUCCUUGACGCUUCCGGAAAGGCUACCUCUACUGUCCAAGAGCAAUCUGGAAGAAUCAAGUUCAACCUUUACGAUGAUGUAGUCCCAAAGACCGCCGAGAACUUCCGUGCUCUCUGCACUGGUGAGAAGGGCUUCGGAUAUGAGGGUUCUUCCUUCCACAGAAUCAUUCCUCAAUUCAUGCUUCAAGGAGGUGACUUCACCCGUGGCAACGGUACCGGUGGAAAGUCAAUCUACGGUGAGAAGUUCGCCGAUGAGAACUUUGAGCGAAAGCACACCCGUCCAGGUCUCCUCUCCAUGGCUAACGCUGGACCAAACACCAACGGAUCCCAAUUCUUCGUUACCACCGUUGUUACCAGCUGGUUGGAUGGCAAGCACGUCGUCUUCGGUGAGGUCGCCGAUGAGGAGUCCUUGAAGAUUGUCAAGGCCCUCGAGGCUACCGGAUCCGGCAGUGGAAAGGUUCAAUACAACAAGAAGCCAACCAUUGUCAAGUCUGGACAACUAUAA